UUGGGGCGGCGGCGCGACACUGGCGGCGAGCAAUCGUAGAGAUAGUAUGUGGUGUUUGUGGCGCAGUGAUCCUCGUCGAUGGUAGGAGCGGUGUAGACGAAUGAUUGGGCGGGAUUGCAGCCCGGGGCGACUGGGCAAACGGAGAUGUGGGUGUUGGAGGGAUCGCUGUUGCAUUGGCCGUAGGGAUCGCAGAUCAUCAUGGCCGGGCAGUCGUUGACGCUCGCGCAGGGCUUGCCGCAGGCGCUGCUCGUGGAUUGGGGAUUCCCGGCCGCGAAGAACAGCGUGACCGUGGCGAGAAGAACUGGGAUAGAAUUGGGCAUUGUAGAGUUGGAGAGAUUUGGGGAAAAAGCGAUCGAUCCUGACAAUCUGGGGGAUUGGUUCUUAAAGAUCGCGGUGGUUUAGUUAGACUUUGCGAGCAUCUUCUCGCCGCGAAAGUCUAGAGUUGACUUUGACAUUGGGAUCGAUCGAUCGCCAGAGAUUUAGUUCGUUUUGGAGUAUGCUCUGGGUAGAAACGUUCCAAUCGAUCACAAACUCUCCCUCUCUUGCGAGUUUUUAAAAAUGCUACUAGUAAUGUUGUUUGCCUUAGUAGUUCCUCAUACAUUAGGGCAAACGAUCCAGGGCAAGGAUGAGGAGAAAUGCGCCUUGGCGCCUCGCUGCACGAAUCCAGGUCGGUGCUCCAAUGGCUCGGCCUGCUACCCCGACACGAUGCGCUCCGGCAACCGAUCGCUUCGCGCUGGAUCUUGCCUCGACGAUUCAUCCGCCGGCUUGUAACAUCUGCGCCCCCAGCUCCACUCUGAUCUACAAUGGCACGCAGAUGUGCCCCGAGUGCUGCGUUCCCGGCCUGGCCUAUCGCUUCUAUGCGUGCUCGCCGCCACUCCAGAUCGUCAACCGGGCCGUGCUCUACUCCACGACUUUUGGCGAGAAUCUGUCCUGCACGGAUCAAGUCUUUUCCAUCCAGGAUCAGGUGGUAUCGCUGGCUUCCGGGUGGAUCCAGCGCAACUUCAGCAUUUGUCUCACCAAUAUCAACAUCACUGCUCCAAACAAUCGCAGCGUCGUGGCCAAGAUCGUGGACGAGUGCUCGUCCAAAGCUGGAUGCACUGCCGCCACUGCUUACUGGGAGCCGUGUGCUCCCAACGCCAUCGCUGGAACUCCCGGGGUGUGGAGCGCUCUUGGAUACGAUCCGGGGGAUGGAAUUCUCAGGGACGUAAGCUGGAGCAAAACGAAUGCGUCAGUGAGUGCCUCUGAAGGAGGAGGAGGAAGAUCCAAGAAGAAAAACACUGGGGUUAUCGCUGCAAGUGCUGUGGUGGGAUUCGUGCUCUUGGCAAUGGUUCCAGUGGGAUUUUAUUGGAUCAAGAUCAAGGCGAGGUUGGCUCUCAGGAAAAGGAACCAAGAACAGGUUGAGGAGAUCAGUACGCUAGGUGGUCUUCCCAAGCAAUUCAGCUACCAUGACUUACACAAGGCCACAAGGAACUUUGCGAAGAAGUCGAUGCUUGGAGAGGGAGGAUUUGGCAUGGUUUUCAAAGGCAACCUUUCAGAUGGAACGACAGUGGCUGUGAAGAGAAUGGACGUGGAGAUUGAGGGAUCGAACGAAGGGCAGCAGCAGUUCAAAGCGGAAGUUUUGUCAAUUGGAAGCAUCCGUCACUACAACCUCGUCCAGUUGAGAGGCUUUUGCAUACACGGGCCUUCUUCUCUGCUGGUUUACGAGUACAUGAGCAACGGUGCUCUGGACAAAUGGAUCUUUCGAAAGGACUCGCGGUUUCUAGAUUGGAGCCAGAGGCACCAAGUUGCGGUGGACGUUGCUAGAGGCUUAACAUAUCUUCACGAAGGCUGUAGAGAACAGGUGCUUCACUUGGAUAUCAAGCCGCAGAACAUUUUGCUGGACGAGAACCUGAGAGCGAGGAUCGCAGACUUUGGCCUCUCGAAGCUCGCGGAGAGGGGGAAGAGCUACGCAGUGACGGCCAUGAGAGGCACUCCGGGAUACAUGGCUCCGGAGUGGCUCCAUACAAAGGUGACGGACAGGACCGACGUUUACAGCUUUGGGAUCGUGCUGCUGGAGCUGCUAAGCUCGCGGAAGAGCUUGGAGAUUCAGAAGCACUCCUCGAGCGUGGCUUCCACCUCGGCGGCUUCUUCAUCGUCGGCGUCAUCGCAGGGGGUCUUCAUUCUCGGUCACACCGCGGCGAGGCUCUUCCACAGUGGAGAUGUGUCGACGCUGGUGGACAGGGGCCUGGAAGUGGACCUGAGCGUCGCGGAGAGAUUUACGAAGAUCGCGCUAUGGUGCAUUCAAGAGGAUUCCGCGAAGAGACCGUCCAUCGGAAACGCUCUUGCCAUGCUCGAAGGUGACUUGGAGGUGGGAGACUUGCCUCCUCCUCCUCCAAGCGGCGCAAGCUCGCCGGUUCUGAGAUCUCCGGGCAUGGAUUCGUGGAGUAGCUCGCUACAAUCUGGCACCUGAUCAUCGUUUCUUUUAUCAGCAGGCGAUUUGCUUUCGCCUGUGCCGCAAAUGGUUAGACAAUUAUGUACAUAACAUCUCUCUCGCCUAAAUUUUUUUGCUUCGAUCUC